AACUUUCUAUCCUUGUCCAGUCUCUGCCCUUCCAGCAGGCUACUCUCCAGCAGUUCAGUUUCUGUUUUAUGUAUGUUAUUUUAUUCCAAGGAAAUUUUGUACUUUUUUCGAAAUUUCUCCAAUUUUUUCGACAUGUCAUCCUCCUCCUCAUCUCGACCUACUACUCCGGAACAUCACGACGUCAAGGAUCCCAUUCCUAUAAUUGAUCUAGGCGACAGCAGCAGUGAUAACGACGACGCCGAGGAUGUGACACUUAUCGGAAGAGAUUCCGCAAUUCUGGCAGCAUCCGCGGUUCAUGGAGAUUAUUUGGGGACGAACCCGUUACGACACGUGUACGGCGAUCAGCACGUUCCUCUUCGAGAGAAAGACGUGACCACCACCGAGUUGGACAACCUUCUUAAACGAGUCGAUGACUUGACCCUGGCCGUGGUUGGGAACGAUAAUGACAUCAUUUUCAAAGCCAUGACAGACAUUCUUCACUGGAGAGGAGAUCACCAGAACAAGACGCCGUCCGGCACAGAAAAGAAGGGAAAAUGUGAUCAGGAAGAGGAGGAAAAUCAGAACGAUUCUACACCAGAGUUGAUACAAGUUGUCGAACGUUCCGAAGAACAAAGAGAAAUUGUGGUGCUGAAGGAACGUCGUGGAACGAGAUAUUUGGAUGAUGCGUUUUUUAAAGUAUGAAUGAAAUCUGGACAAGGUCGUGAUGCAAGGACAUGAAGUUGUUGACCGUCCUGAAGAACACAGAGAAAUCUUGGUACUAAGCGCGGAACUGGAUCAUUCGUUUUUUUUUAAAAUUUCAGUAUGAAUUACAUUACUCAGACUUUGUGCUAAUAAUUUUAGUAAGAAUUUUUGCCUGUUUUUAUCUAGUUACUUUUUUAAUUUUUACAUACGUACGUUUAUCUAAAAUAAUAUGUAAACUGUUUAUAAGAUAAUUUUCAUAAUAUAAAUAAAUAACAAUGUUAGCUUUUUAAAAUGUUGAAUGAAUUGGAAGUAAGAAAAACAACUGGCAAUGGGGUGAUCACAAACCAUAUUCAGCCCAGAUUAUUUUUUGACCAGGUCAAUUUGAAAGGGUAACUCUUUAGAAACAAUAUUUACUGCGGCACUUGCAUAGAUGCGAAAAAUUUCGCAAAUUAUCGGCGCCUCACGUCCGCGAAAACGCUCAGUUUUCCAGCGGAAAAUGUGUCUAUUCCUAUUCCUCGAGCGUUUUAGCGAACUUGCGGCGCCCAUAAUUUGCUGAAUUUUUCGCAUCUACUUAAGUUCCGCAUUAAAUGUUAUUUCUAAAGAGUUGCUCUUUUAACCUGAGAUGGUCAGAAAAUAAUCUGGGUUGAACAUGGUUUGGGUCCCCAUUGGAAAACUAUGAAAAUGACAAAAUUGGUUAUUAAAUGAAUCCAGAAUUUUAAAAUAAAUUUCCAAAGUUAAAAAUA